AAAAUCUCUAAGUAAUUCCUAAGCGAAAUAAAGAGUAAUAAUUCUGAUAAGUUCUGCGGAAUCGCUACUUAAAUCCGCAUACUAUUGUCAGUAGAAUUUUGUUUUUGUUUACGGACAUAAAUUACCUAUCAAACCGCGAACUAUCUAUCGUCUGUAUUUAGGAUAUUGUGUGUGACAUAACUCUGUAGAAUAAGCGGUAAAGUGUAUUUUAGUGUGUGUUUUGUUUACAUUAUCAUAUUAGCGGUCACCUAAUUGAUAUUUGACGAGCGACCGGCUCCGCGCAGCCUCUGCUCGAGACUUGGGGACAAAAUUCAAUAACGAAUUGGCCAUUUUAUUGAUGGGCUCGGCCGAGGGGGAGGCUGGGUGGAGACUCGGGUGGGGCUUGAGAAUGGGUGCGUUGGAGCGGCGCGAUUAGUUUCCCGGCGCACUGGGGCGUCGGGGGUGUGGCGCGGGGCGUAGGAGUCCCGGUGCCGCCCCCCGGCGACCUGCUCGCCACCAUCUCCAUGUUCGAGCAGCAGAUCAAGGCCGAGCCCAUGAGCUUCUACAGCCAUGGGGGUGUCCACGGGGGCGGCUCGCUGGUGCGCUCGGAGUCGCACCUGCUGGGGCUCGGCCAGCACCCCGAGGACUCCAAGGACAGCCUCGCGCACCCGCACCAGGACAUGCUGCACCAGCAACAGGAUAUGCAGCAUGAUGAUGAGCUGAGCUUCAAAGGAAUGGACGACGAAGGGGUUGAUAUGGACAUGGAUGGCAGGCAAUGCUCUCAGGGCAUGGGCGUGGACAUGGGCUCAGUACAAACAAAGAUGGAGGUCACGAACGGGUCUCAAUCCACGCCGCGAUCCAAGCCGCAAGCCUGUAAGGUUUGCGGUAAAGUCCUCUCAUCAGCCUCUUCAUACUACGUCCAUAUGAAGCUACACUCUGGAAACAAACCAUUUCAGUGCACUGUGUGCGACGCGGCGUUCUGUCGCAAGCCGUACCUCGAAGUGCACAUGCGCACGCACACCGGCGAGCGCCCGUUCCAGUGCGACCUCUGCCUCAAGCGCUUCACGCAGAAGUCCAGCCUCAACACGCACAAACGCGUACACACUGAUGAGCACAUGCGCGCCUUGAUGGUGAAGGACCGCCCCUACCAGUGCGAGCUCUGCCUCAUGCGCUUCACGCAGAGCUCCAGCCUCAACCGACACAAGAAAACACACACGGAGGAGCACAGGCGCGCGUUGCUGGCUAAGGAACGGCCCUACCAGUGCCACGUGUGCUAUGUGCGAUUCACCCAGAAGUCAAGUUUGGGCCGACACGGCAAGAUACAUACCGAGGAGCACAGACGGGCCCUGUUAGAGAAAGUGCGGCCGUACCAGUGCCACAUCUGUUAUAUGCGCUUCACUCAGAAGUCCAGCCUGGGCCGACAUGGGAAAAUACACACUGAGGAGCACAUCCAAUCGCUGAUCAACAAAGUGCGCCCCUAUCAGUGCGACAUAUGUGACAAGCGGUUCACGCAGAAGUCCAGCCUUGGCACUCAUAAGCGUAUACAUACUGGCGAGCGGCCCUUCCAGUGCACCGUCUGCCUCAAGUCCUUCACGCAGAAGUGCGCGCUCAAUUUGCACGAAAAAAUACAUACGGGCGAGCGGCCGUACCAAUGCGACGCGUGCCUCAAGCGCUUCACGCAGAAGUCCAGCCUCAAUAUACAUAAGAGGACGCACACAGUCCAGGGCAGACCGUUCCAGUGCCUGUCGUGCCCCGCGGCCUUCACCUGCAAGCAGUACCUGGAGAUACACACGCGCACGCACACCGGCGAGCGCCCCUACCAGUGCGACAUCUGCCUCAAGCGCUUCACGCAGAAGUCCAGCCUCAACAUCCACAAGCGGACGCACUCAGUCCAGGGCCGGCCGUUCCAGUGUCUGCAGUGCCCCGCGGCCUUCACCUGCAAGCAGUACCUGGAGAUCCACAACCGCACGCACACCGGCGAGCGCCCCUACCAGUGCGACGUCUGUCUCAAGAGAUUCGCGCAAAAGUCUACACUCAACAUUCACAAACGAACGCACACAGUGCAAGGGCGUCCCUACCAGUGCAUGGAGUGCCCGGCGGCGUUCACCUGCAAGCCGUACCUCGAGAUCCACAUGCGAACGCACACCGGCGAGCGCCCCUUCGAGUGCGACGUCUGUUACAAGCGGUUCACGCAGAAGUCCACGCUCAACAUACACAAGCGCAUACACACCGGUGAACGUCCAUACGCGUGUGAUAUAUGCCAGAAAAGAUUUGCAGUGAAGAGUUAUGUGACAGCACACAGAUGGUCGCACGUAGCCGACAAGCCUCUCAACUGCGACCGCUGCUCGAUGACGUUCACGUCCAAGUCGCAGUUCGCGCUUCACAUCCGCACGCACACGGCCGGCUCGUGCUACGAGUGCAGCGUGUGCGGACGCACCUUCGUGAGGGACAGCUAUCUCAUACGCCACCACAACCGCGUGCACCGCGGCGAGACGCACAGCAACGUGUCGGCCAACAGCAUCGGCGGCCUCGGCAGCGUCGCCGCCAACAACGCAGGAGGGAACUACGACUCCGCGGCCGUUUGUGACUUAAGUUUCGUCCCGAUGGUGAACCGCUACAUGACGUCGCAGGGCACGCAGGUGUCCAUGCAGGACUCCAGCAAGAUGUCCGCCAUGUCGCCGCAGUCCAUCGCCUCCAUCUCGUCGCCCCCUCCGCCGCACACGCCCACGCCGCAGCCGCAGAUGUCGGGCUCCAUGCACCUCGCCGACUGAUCGCCAGAGCUGCUGGUUGACUAAGCGGCCACAUGUGCAAUAUGAAAACCCAAUGGCAGCCAUCAACAAAGCAGUAAAAUUGAUAUAAUCAAAUGCGGUGGACAGCUCUUCGGCGCUGGGCUCGCUGGCAUGGACUAAGCACAGAAGUUUUUUUUAUAUUUUAUUUCUAGUUAUUUAUUUACCCACUGUUAAGUUCUUCCGCCAUGACGUAAACGGUAAUAUUGUAUGGGAAGAGUGUGGAGGUGGAGAGCAUUUAUUACGUUACGCUUCAGGAAUCCCUCGGCGAGCGGCGCGACGCAGAGACAUCGUAGUCGGUAGCUGUAGGCGGUGGCACGCAUGUGAUUUAUAUAUCCAAGCUGUGAUUUAUCGAUACCAUCACAUAUGAUAUGCUUAGUGGUGGCAUUCAUAAAUCGUUAGUCUCAUCAUAGAUUGUAGGCCUAAAUUUUGAUCUCAUAUUCUAAUUUGCAUAGUGGUAAAAGUUUGGACCGGGAAUGGUAAAUCUUCAACUUGAAAUUCUAAAUUGUAAUGUUCACCAUUAUCAUGUACCACAUCUUCAUUAGGUGUAGAAUGUAACAAUAUCUUAUUGCAAUGCUUUAACUUUAUAGAAAUCGUCAGUGUAUAUGGAAUUCAAUAAUUUUAUAGUAUUGUUACCAGUAAGGUAUAUUGAUGAAGGAAGUUGGGGACUCUGAAAGUCCGAUCCUAGGAUAUCUCUGAUCAUCCUCAUCACUGAGAUAGCUACGAGGAGUUGGUAAACAAGUCAUAAUGAGUAAUAACAAUAAGUACAAAAUAAACGCUAAACUUGCAGAGUCCUAUGGAGGCAAUAUUGAUAGCUUCACAAAAUUAAUAACUUUUAAUAUGAUCUAUAUUGGAGUAAUCCAGAGAAGUGCCUGUUGCAACAUAAUUUGGCAAUAUUUUUAUGGUGUUACGUUCAGUGAAUAAAAUGUUGUUCGGUGUUCAAUGUAUGUGAUCAGAGUAGACCCAGGCCCGCGCGGGGCGAGCGAGGGGCGCGGGCGGCGCGGUGAAGCUUCUUACUAAACUUUGUGUGCCUUCUAGCGGAUAGCGACAUUAGGCAAUAUCAAUCAUAGGUUUUAACAUACAAAUUCAUAUCCAACUUCAUGAGCGACAGUGACACACAACUCAUCAUUAUAGCUGAUGAAGUUGGAUCUACCAAUAACACCAUUAAUAGCGCCUCAUUUACCUCUCAUCUCCGAUAAAUAAUAUAUAAUAGUGUAUGUAAUAUUAAAGGCGACAUAUUUAUGAAACAGUGUUGUAGAAUGGAAAUACUGCUUUAUGAUCUUUGUAUUGUCAUCGAGAAUGUGUAUUUUCUUGUACAAGUAAUUAUAUAUAGAGUAUAGUGCAGUAGUCUUCCAAUACUAACAGAUGAACUCUCUGCUACGUCGAGCAGCUGCGGUGCGCCGCGGGGUCCUUAUGGUUUGCCAUUAUGAUAUCAAAGAUAGAUUGGUGCCAUUUCUAUGUAACUGAUGUGGUAGCGUAAGUUAGGUAAGUCUGCUGGUCAGGGUAGCGUUGGAAAUAAAAUAUUGUAAGGUUCAUUUCGUUUGUGAAAGCUUAUGUCUAUGUUUGUACAAAAAUACGGCUGCAUACUUUAUUUACUUAGUUAUUUUUAAAUGUUACAAUUUUUUUCUUAUUUUAUUUAAGUAUUAUAUUUCCUGUUACGUUUUCUACACUGCAUACAUUAUUUUAUUUCCAUGUUGUGUGUGUCCAUGUGCUGGGUCGGAAAAUGAAAAUGUAAAUAUUGGUAGGAAUUAAUUAAUCAAAAAUGGAAAUGAAAAUUUAAUUUGAUUGUUGAACUGAAUAAAAUUGGAACUAUACCUACUAAGAAAUAUUAUAACAAAACUAUUAACUGGGGUAUGAUAAAAUCUAAAUUCAUGUAGAUGUACAUAAUAUUAUACAUAAUAUAAAAAAGUCGUUUGAUAGUCCUCAAUAUUUUUUUAUAUUUUGAUAGUUCUGUAUUUGAAUCAUAAUUAAAUGAAUGUACGAGGAUAGGCCAAUAUCUCAUUAUCAUUUCUCAGAUUAACAAUUGAAAUACACAACUAUAAUAAUAAUAUAGAUAUAUAUAUCGCAUUUAGUUGAGACCUUAAUGAGCUACUAAUAGGUAGAUAGUAUACCUAUAUUUCGAAUAUAUUAAUACUAUAUUAUCUGAAAAGUUUUACCGAGUUUUAAAAGAUCAGUGUUAGUUUCUUACCAAGCCAUUGACAACAGUAUUAUUUAGGGAAACUAGAACUUGUAUGAGUUAAUCAAGUAGUAGUACACAAUAUGUAACCGCUCUUCUACCAUUACUGAGAGUAGAUGGAACCACCAUUUUCAAUUUACAUAUAAACCAUAGUAUAACAAUAGACCUUAAUGUCAUUGGUUAGCACUGCUUUAGAAAGUGCUUCUCAAUGUUUUAUUACCCAUAGAUACCUUAAUAUUAAUGGAUAUAGAAACACCAACUUAGUGAAUUAGGUAUAUAAAGUUUCAUAUACAUACAUAUGUUAACAUUAUGUAUAUCGUGAUCAACUUCUAUUAAUAAUUUGUCAAGGGUGAUUCUCGUCUAAUAGAAAUUAGAAGUUUAUUUGUUAUUCACUUCAUUUAUUUACGUUGAACGUUUGUUUCUUGUUUAUGAGACUGGUGUCACUCUGCGCAAGUUAGUACUAGUCGUGGACAUGAGGUUCUAUUCACGUUGCGAGGUAUUCGCUGCCACAGACCUCAGCGGCCGUCGUCGAGGAAUCUCAGGCAAUUUCCUCGUAAAGGAAUAGAGCCCGAGGCAGUGCAGGCCAACAGCGGACGGAAUCCAUCAGAGCAAUUUAUUUAAAAUACAUAGGUGUACACCGUGGAUCCGUGACGCGGGCCUUCGCUGUCAGUCUAUUUUACAUACGAUGGUAGUUAUAUAUUUUAAGAAAAAAAAAACAUGAAUGAUCCAUUUUGAAUUUACGUAAUUAUAAAAAUGUAUAACUAUUAUUUAAUAUUUCUCGUAUCUCUAUUUAAUUUGAACCGUAGAAAAGACUGAUUUUCGUUAAAGAGUCCACAACGUUAGAAUACUCAAGUAGUAGAUCGCCAGACGUUACCAUCCGAGCGGUUGUGGAGAAGGACCAACAGCUUUUCAUAGAUCCUGUUUGAACUUUCAGUUGAGGAAACGUACAUAUCCUAUCCCGUGAAUGUAAUGUAUACUUCCCUUGUAUCGAGGCAGCACUAGCGCCGCGCGACGGUAGACUUGAUUGUGGUAGAUUUAUGAGCAAAUAACAGUGAGCCUUGUGUAAUCUUAAUGUCUAAGGUACAUACUUAUUUAGUUUUAUUGUAUCUGUAGUUACAACUACCGCUUCGCCAACUUAUUACGUUGCUUACAUUGUAAUCAUUUACGAGAGUACAGCCUAAGGAUUUUAACUUUUUUUUAUACUGAGAGCUAUUUCUAAGUCACUGAUUUUUUACAAUUUAUAGUAAUAUAUUAUACCUUAUUAAGAAAAUUUUUACUAAUGGCUCUAAGCCACUCCCUUAACCAAAAAGGUUUCGACGUAUUUUACAUCCUUAAAUUGGAUUUUUUUUACUAAAAUUUCUCUAAGCAAACAUCAUGGCAUGUGCUGGGUUUUGGUAUGUUCGUCAUUUAGUUAUAGCUCUUCAGAGUUUUGAUGACCAAUAUAUCAGUUUAAACCUUUUUUAUUGUUAAAAUUUUUAGGCUAGUUUAUAUUUUACAUAAGUUUAGAUUUGUUAACUGUGGUGUAUUUAACUGCACGUGGAAUCAGCUCUUACGGCCUCCUUGGCAUUGUUGGUUAUUUUAGUCUGACGUCAUUGUGAUAUUGUUUGUAGGGUGCGGUUAUUGUCUAGGUCGGUGUAUGUGGGUUUGAACAACUUAAUCAUUCAUUUAUAUUGUUUGUUGUUGAUCGUUUGUUUGAAGGUAGUCCUUUCAUUGGUGUGCACAACGAGGCUGUAAGAGUGUUUAUGUAGUCAGCAUUAUGUAUAUGCUUUAAUGUGAUUUUUUAAAUGUACUCUUUAUUAUAGUCUCAUCAUCAAUAUCUAAUUAGCGAAACUAACAAAGCGAAUAUUAUUAUUUCUUUUCAGUGCAUAGCGAUUUAUAUUGAAAAGAUCAAAUUACAGAGUUUAUUUUAUUUUAUGAAAGAAAUGUAUAAAUCUGAACUUAAUAUACAUUGUAAAAUUAUCUUUUAUUGCUCAUAUCGCUGAGCUCUAUUCAGAAAAAAUAAUUAUGUGAAAUACAAAUCAGUCAGAUUCGUUUAGAAGCCAUGUAGUGGAGAAAAAUAAACGUGCCAUGAUAUUUGUGGCUACUAAAACA